AUGGACCGCCCACCCACCUACUUCCUGAAACAAUCUGCACCACCGCUGUCCAAUACAGAGAGGGCCACAGAGUGGCCCUCUCCUCAUUGUGAAGAGAACGACAUACAGUCUCUGAGUCAGAGGGAUGUUUUAGAAGAAGAAUCACUGAGGGAAAUCAGAGGUAUAGGAGGAGCCCUCCUAAGUGCUGGUAAAUCAGCUUUAAAAGGCUUGGCUAAAGGAUUGGCUGAGCAUUUUGGGAAGAGAACAGCUGAAGAUCAUGAAGUGAUGAAAAGACUGGAAGCCGCAAUACAAUCUCUGAGUCAGAGGGAUGUUUUAGAAGAUGAAUCACUGAGGGAAAUCAGAGGUAUAGGAGCAUCCAUCCUAAGUGCUGGUAAAUCAGCUUUAAAAGGCUUGGCUAAAGGAUUGGCUGAGCAUUUUGGGAAGAGAACAGCUGAAGAACAUGAAGUGAUGAAAAGACUGGAAGCCGUAAUGCGUGAUCUAGAUUCCUUGGAUCAUCCAGAGGAAGCUUCUGAAAAGGAAACCAGAGGUCUCAAUCAAGAGGAAAAAGAGAAACGCAUUAUAGGGCCAGUAUUAGGUUUGGUUGGUAGUGCACUUGGAGGUUUACUUAAAAAGAUUGGAUAAUUAAAGCCAGUAAAACUUUGCUUUCAUGAAUAUUUGUAAAAUGAUGCUAAUCAGAUAACAUAUAAUAAAACAUAAAUAAAGCACAAAAAACUAUUUAAACAAACUGCAUGUUCUCUACUCUGCUAUUAAAUAAAAAUCAUACGAGCAAAACCUGUUUAUCAUUUGAAAUUAUCAUUAGCAUUUCGGCUUAAUAUUUAUGUAGUAAAGUUUAUCUAAUGAUUUUUCUACAAAAGCCAACAUAAAAUCUAUGGAAAUAUUUGUAGAUAAUAAUUAUAUAAUAUUCUCUACAGGAUUGUGUUUCACCCCAACAUGUCAAUACCUGGAAAACUAGUUAAUAAAACAAUAAGAAGCAUA